AAUCUGAGCCAGUAUUAGAAUGAUCAUAUAUUUUACCUUCUCUUUGCUAUUUGCAUUUAUUUCCUUGCCUGGAAACGUACUUGGAGAUUUGGUUUUCCGAUGCCCAACUUGCACCGCGGAGCAUUUAUCUGCUUGUCUGAUAGUCACGGCAGAAUGUGCAGAAAUAGUGAGGGAGCCGGGCUGUGGCUGCUGUCCAGUCUGUGCCAAGCUACAAGGGGAUCUCUGUGGCGUCUACACACCGAGAUGUUCUACUGGCCUCAUGUGCUACCCCAGUCCUGAAGCCGAAUUUCCUCUGCAGGAACUCCUGCAGGGUUUAGGACGGUGUGGACAAAUACUUGAAUUGGAAGUUCCUGCAAGACUGGACCAACAACAUGCAAACAAUUUGCAUGUAACAGAGGGGCCGCUCCUACAGAGACCUCCAUUGGAUCCUUGGUUGCGGCAAGAAAUUGCAAAGAAACAGCAUCAGAAUGAUCUCAACUCAAAGAUGAAGAAAAAUCAACUCCAGGAACCUCAAAUCCAGAGAUUACCUCAGGGUGCCUGUCAGCAGGAACUUGACAAGGUGCUAGAGGAGAUCUCCAAAAUGACUGCAGAGGAUAACAGAGGACCGCUGGAAAGCCUGUAUGAGCUCAAAUUUCCAAACUGUGACAUAUAUGGACUCUACAACAUUAAACAGUGUAACAUGUCCACCCAUGGCCAACGGGGAGAGUGCUGGUGUGUUAACCCCGUAACUGGGAUCCAGAUUCCAGAAACGCCCAAAGUCAGAGGGGAUCCUAACUGUAACCAGCUCCAGGAAGAGCUCAGAGUGAUGCCCACAGCGACAGCUUUCUACUAGCAUGACUCAUGCUAGUUUUAUCAAUAAUUCUGGUUUUGAGAUUAUUUUCUGUGCAGAGAAUUGUUACUGAGACAUUGCUAUUCAUGCAGACCUUCCUUUUUGAAUUGACACUAAGUUAAAGCGGCACUCAUUCAUAAUUGUUCAAAACCAAACAAAGCCCAAUUCUCUAUCCCGUGGCGUUGUUUCUUUGUUUUGUUUUGAAAGGCCAAAUGAGGACAUGUACAAAAGGUGAACAUGCAUGACCCAAAGCCAAGUUGUUUUGACAACUUGAAGGACAACCCCUUUAACUACACAUAUAAUAAACAGGAUAAAUUAACAUUUCGAUUUUUUUUUAUUUUGAAUAUAUUUUAAGAUUAAACUUUUAAACUUU